GUUCCUUUGUGUUUUAGUCCAGUUUGAGAGGAGUUUCUCAGUUUGUCUCAGUCGCUUUGCUUCGUUUCUACAAUCAUCCUCAACAUUUGUAAUCAGGAAGUGCGUUUCUCCAAACAGCUGGUCCAAACCUGUCUCUGUGAACUGUCUCUUUAACCAGAUCACACACAUUGAGGCUUUUCUAUGUGGUCUUUGAUAGUUUCCAUGGAAACCAGAGCAUUCCUCAGAGAAGAGCUGCAGCUGUUUUCACGCUAACAUGGACCAUGUUAUCAGCACUACGUGGAUGGGAGUAAAACCAGAGGAGACAGCAGGACCUGAAUAUCUCUGUGUGCUUUGAUUUGUAGUGAGUCCAGGACAACAGAGUCCAGCAGUCAGAGUGGAGACCUGCUGGAUCUCAGAGACCAGGACCACGAGCCCGUUUCAGAAAGCAGCUUUAACAAACUCUGAGAUGGAAAAGUGUUCGGUUCCAGAACAGCUGAUCAGAGUUUGUUCAAUCAAAUGUGAGGAUGAAAACAGCCUUCAUCAAUGGAGCUCUGAUACUACGAUUCACCAUGGCAACAGAGACCAGGACCAGGACCAGGAGCACUACAAGAGCGAAACAGAGGAGGACCAGCAGAACCCGGACCAGCGGAGCAACAAGGUCCCCAGAAGAUCAGCAGCAGGCUCGUCCUCUGAUACCAACAAUGUUCAGAAACGGAGAGGAAGAAAGAGAGUUCACACUGGAGAGAAACUACAUAGCUGUGACCAAUGUGAGAAAACUUUCACUUGGGGGUGUGACCUCAAAGUCCACAAAUGCAGUCACACUGGAGAGAAACUGUACAGCUGUGACCAAUGUGGGAAAACUUUUUCUGAUGGUGGAGCCUUUAAAGUCCACCAACGCAUUCACACUGGAGAGAAACCGUACAGCUGUGAUGAGUGUGGGGCAGCUUUCACUAUAUCGGGUAACCUGAAAAAACAUCAACGCAUACACACUGGAGAGAAACCCUAUAGCUGUGAAGAAUGUGGGGCAGCUUUCACUCAAUCAGGAGAACUAAAAACACAUCAACGCAUUCACACUGGAGAGAAACCCUACAGCUGUGACGAAUGUGGGGCAGCUUUUAGACAACAGAGUGACUUAAUCGUACAUCAACGUUUUCACACUGGAGAGAAACCAUACUGGUGUGAUGAAUGUGGGACAGCUUUCACUACAUCAAGUGACCUGAAAAAGCAUCAACGCAUUCACACUGGAGAGAAACCCUACAGCUGUGAUGAAUGUGGGGCAGCUUUUGCUCAGUCAGGUGACCUGAAAAAGCAUCAACGCAUUCACACUGGAGAGAAACCCUACAACUGUGAUGAAUGUGGGCUAGCUUUCCGGUGCCAGAGUCAUCUAAAAACACAUCACCGCAUUCACACUGGAGAGAAACCCUACCGCUGUGAUGAAUGUGGUUCAGCUUUCCGGCGCCAGAGUUCCCUAGAAAUACAUCAACGCGUUCACACUGGAGACAAACCCUACAGCUGUGAUGAAUGUGGGGCAGCUUUCAAUCAGUCAGGUGACCUGAAAAAGCAUCAACGUAUUCACACUGGAGAGAAACCGUACUGGUGUGACCAAUGUGGGAAAACAUUUACUCGGGCUAGUUCCCUUAAAAUACACCAGCGCAUUCACAGUGGAGAGAAACCGUACCGGUGUGAACAAUGUGGGAAAACUUAUACGCAGAACACUAACCUUAAAAUCCACCAACGCAUUCACACUGGAGAAAAACCGUACUGGUGUGACCAAUGUGGGAAAACGUUUUCUGCCAGUGAAUAUCUUAAAGUCCACCAACACAUUCACACUGGAGAGAAACCGCACAGCUGUGACCAAUGUGGUAAAACUUUUUCUGUGGGUAGUUCCCUGAAAGCCCACCAACGCAUUCACACUGGAGAGAAACCGUACUGGUGUGACCAAUGUGGGAAAACCUUUUCUCAGAGUAGUCACCUUAAAAGACACCAACGCAUUCACACUGCAUCGUUAUGAAUGUUUUUCAGAGCCCAGCUAGAUGUUUCCUCCUGCCUCCUCCCCAUGCCCUGAUAGCUGUGUUGUUAUAUUCUGAGCUUCUCUACACAUUGAAGGCUGACCAACAGUAAAUUCAUAUUCUAAACAGUAUGUAUGUAAUCGUGGCUAUGACUACAUACUUGGACCACCAGAAACUUCCCAGUGGGACUACAUUAUGAGGCUGAACUGUCAGAACAUCUGGAAGAGUCUUCCAAUCACAAGGAGCUCAGAACCCACCACAAACCUUUAAAAAUCUUAAAGAAAAAUUCAGUUUUUCUUCAACCUGACGUAUUUCCCAUAAAUGUAACUUUUGUGAAUGGGGUCACGCUAACUUUGCACUCACCACCUCUGUUAUAAAGAUUCAGGGAAAUAAGGACUAGUGCAGAACAUUGAUAUUAGGGACAGCUGGUCGAGCCUCCUACAACUUUCUAUAAAGUAUUAAUUUACAAGCAGUCUGGUUAAGCUCACAGAGGAGUAACAACCACAAGACUUAGUACCCAUCCUGACCAUGUGAGCUGUUUAUUGAAUUAUGGAUUAAAGGCCCUGACAUCUGGUUCCUCCCAAAGACUCAGAGAAGCGGUGAAGACCAACCAGUAAGACACAAUGAACUGAUGAUGAGAAUCAGAAUUAAACUAAUUCUGCCAUUAAUAUGUACAAAGUUAAUGUGCUAUGCUUAACUAAACAUCUGAAAAGAUCUGAAGUUUGUUGUACAGGUUGGAGCUCUGAACACUGCCUAAAGCUUGUAGAUCAAAACCUUCCCUUUAUAUUAAUCACUUGGUUAGAUCUUGCCAGCCUACAGACAUGUUAUUUCAAGUAUUAUAUUAGGGGUGUAACGAUUUAUCCACUAUAUCGAUAUAUCGAUUUAUAUUCCUCGGAUACAACUACAUCGAUAGGUACUCGGCAAGUUGUCCUUCACGGGAGACGUAUAUCGAUAUAAAAUCGAUUUGAAACGUAAAAAUCGAUUGUAUCGAUAUUAAGGAUUUGCACCUUGUAUUUAAAGACGACAAACGUUAUAUGAAAGUGUUUUUAAGCACUUGAAUUAGUAAAGUAAACUCCGGUUCUCCAAACAUGCGGCGGCUUGCCAGCUCUGCCCUCUGCAGCGCGAGCGCGCAUCCAUGGCGUGCAUGCAGACGAACGGAGCACUGGACUCCUCCUUUCUCACCUGGUAGCGGCGUGGAGGGAGACGAGCAGCGGUCUGCAUGAGACACAAGCACUUUCCCCGUGCGUUGUCGGUUUUUCAUUCAGAGGAAAUUACUUUCACUUUCCCCGUCAUGAUAUCUACUGUAUGUGAACGCAGCAUCAGCCUCACGUAUCCAGCCGGAGAGCAGACGGUCCGCGAGGCAAAUUAUCAAGACGGGAGUAAAGUAAAAAAAAACAAA